CGCAGCGACCACCCAGCGCAUGAUGUCAGAUCCUGCAAGUGCAGCAUCGCCGAAUAUAUAAAAUGAACGAUCUCACACUAGUUACUCAUUCGUUACUCUACACACCACGAAUAAGCAUCAUGAUCAAAUACCUGACCAUCGUUUGCGUGCUGGCCGCCGUGUGCGCCGCGGCUCCACAGCAGGACGUGCAGAUCCUGCGCUUUGACAGCGACGUGCAGCCCGAUGGAUACAGCUUCGCGUACGAGACGAGCGACGGCACCUCUCGCCAGGAGCAGGGCAAGCUUGACAACCCGCAGUCUGAAGACGCCGCCCUCACCGUGACCGGGGAGUACGCCUACGUCGCCCCUGACGGCAAGCACUACAAGGUCACCUUCACCGCCGGACCCAACGGCUUCCAGCCUAAGACUUCCCUUGGACAGUAAACGGACUUUCAAAGUUACGUCCUCAAACUAAAUGGAAGCGCGGUCUGACAUUUCCAAUGGGGGCGCCAGCGAAUCUUAACAGCGCCACAGCUCCGAAUAUUUUUCUUUGAUCGUGGCACUAUUAGGAAAUUGCUUUAGAUAAGCAAUGUAAAUACUCUUUUAUUUUUUAAAAGCCAUCACUUAAAUAGAAUCCCAAUGAACAGAUGCUCAAUAAUUGCGUCGCAGUGAACUUCGAUCUCAUUUAUGCUGGAGCAUUAAGAAUGAGGAAUUGUUGAAUCUAAAUUCUUGUGCCAUAAGACCAUCUUUUUGUAUUUUUUAUUUUAUUUUGUACCACAAUUUUGAGCAUUUGCUCAAAAUAAAGUAUUUUUUUAUA